UGUGAGCUCCUAUUGCCCAUCGCUGCUGAGUUGGCUGUUUCUGGUCGGGAUUUGGGGGGAGAAGAAAAUGAGCCUCAGUUCCCGCUCUGGUCAGGUUUGAAAUGUUUGAAAUGUGCUUUCCACUUGGGAGAAAGUCUCCGAGGCGUCAGAGUGUGUUUGCUGUUUGUGGAGUGAGGGCGCGCUGUGGGCGAGGUGAAGGCAGAUCAAUGUGGCAGCACAUGGCUCCUGGUCACACACCAGCCAUUGGCCUUGGGCCGGCGGCCAAGGCUUGGGAACCCUCCCGUCAAUGGGGAACACGUUGUCUUCGCUCUAAUUCAUGUCCCUGACACAGCUCCCCAUGGCUGCCACAUGUGUCCCUCACUGCCUGUUGCUGCUGGGGGCUAUUCACACAGCGGCUGGCGGGACCUCACUGACUGUGGGUCAAAACCCUCGGGUCGCCACAGUGAGCAGAGGCGGAGAAGUUACCAUUUACUGCUUUUGGCCACUCUAUAAAGAUCAGAAACCAGCAAAGGUGGACUGGUGGCGAGAAGGAGAAAAUCGUUCCCUGGAGGACGGCAGAGAUGGAAGGAUCCAGAUUUAUUUCCUAAACAGAGCAAGUUGUGCAUUGCAGCUGUUCUCAGCCAGACUGCAGGACGCGGGAGUGUACCGCUGCCGAGUGAGACACAGAAGCGGAGCGCAGGGCCCUGGCACACGGCUGCUGGUGUUCGUGCCCCCGACCCCCCUGGAGAUGGUGGUCUCACGGUCCGGGAGCGGAGCUGCGGCUUCUCUGACCCUCGUGUGUAAAACGGCGGCCUUUUACCCGGAGGAUGUGAAUAUCACUUGGUGUAAAAAUGGAUCAGAAAUUGUAAGUGGAACAAAUACAAACAGGAACCUCGCGGGGCUGUAUGAAGCUUCCAGUUUAUUGAUCGAGACAGAGGCGGUGCAGAGCGGAGCUGUUUAUACCUGUCACGUAUCUCACCUGUCCCUCCCCACUGCCGCCAACAUCAGCUACACUGUCCCUGGCACUGAGACAGGCAACUCCACAGUUGACUCCGACCUCAGAUACGCUCUGAUCUCAGGCGGUGCCGCUGUUUUGCUAAUUGUACUGACGGUCAUUUUUCUCAUCUGUCGCAAAGAUCAUACAAGGAGCAGCUAACGGGAGCCUCUCUUAUGAAACUCUAAAUUUCACUGGAUCCCACAAAAAUAGAAAAGUGAGACGUGAGAAGGAAAGUACAAUAUACAGCAAGGUACAGACCCAGGGAGCAGCGGCUGAGAUCACACUGACUUACACGGCUCUGAAUUUGACCAACUCCCAGAAAACUGCCAAAUUUAAAGAUGAAAAAUGUACACAGUACGCUGAGGUAAAGACGAGGAACCAAAGAGAUAAAGAAGAGAACAUUGGAACAGAAUCUAGACAUGUAUCCGGGAAAGAUCAUCACGGCUGUGUGUGAACUGUACACCAAUCUUUGCUAUAAUCACUCCAAAGAGCUGUUCAUUGUUAAAUCACACUCUGUGAUUAUGGACUUGUGGAGAUAUCAUUUCACAUCAAAGUUAAAAUAGAGAAUACAUUUUGAUUCUGUCAUCAAUCUGCGCUGAUAACAAUCAAUAUCUUUUUAGCAACACCAAAUGACAAAAGGCAUUUAAAGUUACUGUUAGAAUUUCCCUUUUUUACCAAGUAAUUAGAGCUUCUGUGCAAUAACCUGUCGUGUCGCUGUAUAACCAAUCGCUAUUAAGGAAGUGAGGGCAUGAGGCGAAAUCCGCUGAUUUUUAUAAACACAAUAUUUUUUNCAAAUGUCAAGGCUGUUACUUACCAAAUAUCUUCUAGCCCUGUGAGGCUAAGAAGGAAGUAGAUUGUGUGAUUAUCCUUUUUUUGAAUCCAGCAUAUAAUAAUAAACCGUGCAUUUGUAGUCUCAGAUUCUCGAUGGUGGAUGAAUGAGAUCAUAUGGGCUGAAGGGUCUUCUUCAUUCUUGUGAUCUUAUGUACACAUUAAUUGCCCUCCUCUGUCAUUUUUGAAAUGUCUAUAAUUAGAGGCUGUACGAUACAGAAAGAUGUACAGGGAUUAUGAUAUCUCACACCCGAAGGGUAAAGCAUGAGGAAAGGUUCUUCUAUUGUUCGCGAUCGAGUUGCUGAAAGCUGCUAACCCAGGUCGGGCUCAGGGUUUGACCCCACCCCGGCUUCCUGGUGUCUCAGUGUAUAUUAUACGGUCAGAAUCAUUCCGAAUCGCUUCUUGCCCCGGUGAUAUCAACAAGAAAAACUUUCAUUUCUAUGGCGCCCUUCAUGCGGGGCAACAUCUCGGAGCGUUUAGCAAUAGUGUGGGUUGAGCUGGGGGAAAGGGGAGCUGACAACAGGCACGGUGGAGAAGGGAAGUCUUAUAAUUCAUUUUAAUUCCAAGAAACACUGAUGCAAAGAUUAUAUUUAAAUCCAGUUCCGUCAAAUUCUGGAUACGAUUAGAAUCCCCAAUUUCCUUUAAAAAUUUUAACAGGGUAAUAAGACUCGGAAGCAGACUAUUCUGCCUAAUCUGUCAGUCAAUUUCAACAAUUCCAAACGUAUGGAUAAACAUGGGUAAAUGAUUACAUUAUUACAUUUUGUUGCAUUUUUCUCUACACAAUCUAAAAACAUUUACCAAAUAUUAACAAUGCCUCAUCCCAUGAAACAGAUAAACAGAUAUCAUGUACAAAUGUAAACCUGUUAUGAUAAAAUAUUGACAGCUAAUUGACAUGUACAGUUAAACAGUAAAGUAAAGCCACCAA